CAUUGCGACUGACAAGCACCGCCUCACCCAUACCUCAACACGUCGAAUCACCAGUUGCUACAGUCUUCUCACCGUCGACCCGUUAGAACCCAAACCCGCAUCUUUACCGAGACUAUUGAAAUUCCAUCACCAUGGCUGACGCCGCCGUCGAGAACCCGGCCAACACAGUCCCGCCGCACAAGAAGCAGCUCCCGUCAUCGAUACCAAACUUCGACGCCUUGGAGGGCUUCUCGACCGAGGGAAACGACGACUACUCCACCUUCAAGAAGCUACAACGGCAAUUAGAAUACAUUCACCUUCAGGAAGAGUACAUCAAGGAUGAGCAGCGGAGUCUAAAGCGCGAGCUAGUGAGGGCACAGGAGGAGAUCAAACGCAUCCAGAGCGUGCCACUGGUUAUCGGACAGUUCAUGGAGGCAAUUGAUCAGAACACCGGCAUCGUGCAAUCAUCGACUGGCUCCAACUAUGUCGUUCGCAUCCUCUCCACCCUCGAUCGUGAAUUACUAAAGCCAUCCUCAUCCGUUGCCCUCCAUCGCCACUCGAAUGCUCUUGUUGACAUUCUGCCCCCCGAAGCCGACUCCUCGAUUGCCAUGCUUGGUCAGGAUGAAAAGCCCGACGUCACAUACGCCGACGUGGGAGGUCUGGAUAUGCAGAAGCAGGAAAUCCGGGAAGCCGUCGAACUGCCUCUCACACACUUUGACCUGUACAAGCAAAUUGGUAUUGACCCACCGCGUGGUGUGCUGCUCUACGGCCCUCCAGGUACCGGGAAGACGAUGUUGGUCAAGGCUGUGGCGAAUAGCACAACUGCCUCGUUCAUCCGUGUCGUAGGGUCUGAGUUUGUGCAAAAGUACCUUGGUGAGGGUCCACGCAUGGUCCGCGAUGUGUUCCGAAUGGCGCGAGAGAAUUCGCCAUCCAUUAUCUUUAUCGACGAGAUUGACGCCAUCGCUACCAAGCGUUUCGACGCGCAGACGGGUGCCGACCGAGAAGUGCAGCGUAUUCUCCUGGAACUGCUCAAUCAGAUGGACGGUUUCGAUCAGACGUCCAAUGUCAAGGUCAUCAUGGCCACCAACCGUGCCGACACUCUGGAUCCCGCGCUUCUUCGACCUGGCCGUCUUGACAGGAAGAUUGAAUUUCCCUCACUGCGAGACCGCCGUGAGCGCCGACUCAUCUUCUCCACAAUUGCCGGCAAGAUGAGUCUAUCACCCGAGGUAGAUCUCGACAGCUUGAUUGUGCGCAACGACCCACUUUCUGGUGCCAUUAUCGCAGCCAUUAUGCAAGAGGCGGGUCUGCGAGCCGUACGUAAGAACCGGUACAACAUCAUCCAGAGCGAUUUGGAGGAGGCAUACACGAGCCAGGUCAAGGGAGCAACAGAAGCGGAUAAGUUUGACUUUUACAAGUAA